AUGUUAAAUCAAGAACAAAUUCAUCGAUAUUUCAAUCAUUUAAGUGGAGCUAAACGUAUUGAAUUUUUAUAUGGUUUAUUACAUUUAUGCCAACCAUUAGAAUUACGUUAUCUGGGUACUUGUUUAGAAGAAAUAGCGCGUAAAGAUUAUGAAUAUUUGUAUCAUGCUGAACAGAAAACAAAUCAUUUACCAACACAAAAUUCAGCAAUAACAAAUAUUGAACCAAAUCAUCCACCACAAGUUGAUAUUGGAGGUGAUGAAAAAUUGGAUUUAACUGAUCAAUUCACAAGAGCUCAUGCUAUUGUUGAUAUUGCUCUUCUUUGGGCAAAAAAUCGUCCAUGUGCAUUACGUCUAUUUCGUCGUUUAAAAGCCAGUGAAAGUGUUAAACUAGUUGAUAUGCUCCUCGAACGUGACGAUCUAGAUGAAAGAACGAUGGAUGAAAUAUUAAUCAUAUUUUGUUUAGCUGCAAAUCAUCCAGCAUUUAGUUUUGAUAUGCGUACACAAAUGUCACAAACUUUGAAAGAAUUAGAAAAACGACAACGCAAAAUGAAAUUAUUACAAAAUAAUAAUAAUAACAAUAAUAAUGAUGAAGAAAUAAUCGAUUCACUAGACGAUGCAAGUUGUUUACGUCAUCAUAUUUUAUCAUCAUCAUUAUUGAAUUCAAGUGCACUAAGUGUACAUGCAUCUCCUUUACUAACUCGUUUAACUGUUGUUAAUUAUGAUACAGAAUCAACUCCUAUGAGAGUUUUAAUUAAAGCUGAUUGGUCUGAUAAUAAUUCUACUUUGACAUGGAAAACUCCGAAUGAUAUUCGAUCAUUUCAUUUACAAUUAUCGAAUAUUGUUUACCAUGAUGAUGUACGAUUAGAACGUUUAAUGAAUAUUUCUGGUUAUUUACGUGAGAUUGGCACUCCAACCGAGCCAGAUAUCGAAUCAAUGAAAAAGAAUAUUGGAAUAUACAUGACACAUCUCGUCUAUUUUUCCUCAUAUAUUUCUACAAUAUCAACAUUAGCCAAAUUUUUUAAUUCAUCUUUGAAACUUGUCGAUUCUAAACAACGCUUAUUUAACUCAAGUAAUGGUUUUGAUGAGCCUUUAUCAUCAUCAUCAUCUUCAUCACUCUCUAAUGGAAUGACACCAAUUCAAUGCGAAUUGCCUGUACAACAACAAACUGAAACUGAGAAUAAAGUACAUUAUUCACCUAAAUUAUCAUCAAGUAGCAAUAAAUCUAAACAACAAACGGAUGUAGCAAAACAAGCUCGAUCAAUAAUACCAACACAUAAUGGUACACAAACUGGAUUAGAAGUUCGAUGUGAAGAGACUCAAACUGAUCGAAUGCCUGGACCAGGUUUUAUUCUUGCUGAACAUCAAGAUUAUCUUCGAAGAUAUUCAAUGGAUGAAUUGGCAAAAUUAACACCAACACAUCUUGUUGUUGAUGGACUUGAUCAAAUUACAGCUCAAUUAAUCUGUGGUGCUUUAGAUGAUUUAAAACCAAUGAGUAUUCAUUUAAGUAGUAGUAAUAAAAAUUCAAGAUCACCAUGUAAUUUUAUUCAAAUGCCUUCAUCGGCAUCAUCGUCACCUCCGCUAACACAAACAACAUCAUUACCACCAUUGUUAGAUGCUGCUUUAAUGACUGUUGUACAGCAUCAGCAACAACCAUCGCGUACGCCACCACCAGGCUUCGAUCGAAAUCAAUAUGAUCCUAUUUUAAUAAAUUUAGCAGGUGCUCAUCCAUCUCUCUCGUCAAGUUCAAGCCCAAAAUUGCCUAAAACAGCAGCAGCUAUAUCAGGAAAAAAUGGUAUUCAGCAACUUCCACCAUCGCUACCAUUACAGCCACUAUCACAACAAUCAGCAUCAAAUUGUCCUUCGCAAACUCAGCAUCAUGUACCAUUAUUGACUGCACAUCCAUUUCUAUAUAAUCCAGUGGAUCCGUAUAUGUUUCCAAUAGCAAUUCCACCUGGUUUUCCAUCAACGACACCUGAUUUUAUGCGAUUGUUUGCUCCAAAUAUGGCAACAGUGGCUACUAAUCAAACAAAUAAUGGCUUUGUGCAAACAUCAAAUGCUUCACAAGCAUCUAUAUCUAAUGCUCGUUCAACUACUCAAUCCAAUGGUACCAAUACACCACCAGAACAAAAUGGACAAAGUCAUCGUCCAUCUCCACCACCUCAGUCAUCAUCACGUCAUCAACAGCAACAACAACAGCAACAACAACAGCAGCAACAACAACAACAGCAACAGCAAUCACAGCAGCAGCAACAUCAAUCACAACAAUACCAUCAACAACAACAAUCCCAUCAUCGUCAUAAGCAAUAUCAUCAAUCUGAUUCUAUACAAUUUCAACAACAAAAUGGAUUUCAUCCACAACAACGACAAAAUCAAACAUCUUAUCCACAACAGCAACAUAUGAAACCAAAAGCAUGCUAUACUUGUGGUGAUCUUGGACAUCUAGCAUUUGCCUGUCCUGAACAGUAUUCAUCAGAUUCAAACUAUCCACAUAACACGAGAGAUGGCUAUAAACUUGAUUAUCGACCACGACAAAGUACACCAACAAAUCUUCAACAACAACAACAGAGACAAAUGCGUUCGAACUCAAAUUCAAAAACUAAAGUGCGCGAUAACAGUUAA